GAGUAUAUGCAAGCUUAAGUGUAUUAAUGUUUUCUUACUUUUAUUUCAGACUGAUUUAUUUUACUGAUAAGAAUGGUGAGUAAGGGUUAUUGGUAGCUCUCAAGUGAGACUAGGUAGGGUUUAAAUCAGCAUGUUUGAUAGCGUGUUGGAAUAAAAGGUUCCCUACGCAUCUGAUUCUUCAAUGCUGGUGAUGAAAAGUAUAAUGCAAAUUGUAUGUCUCCUAUGUCUUCCAUUCCGUAUGGGUGCAUAAUACUGUUUUACCUUUUGAUUAGGUCUGAGUUCCUUUUAUUCGGAGCUAAUGAAAGGACUAGGUGCUGGUGGACGUCUGUGGGAACUUAUUGAAAGGAAGCCCCAACUUCCAUUUAAUGAGGGAAUCACAUUAGGCAAAGACACAUUCAGAGGUGCUUUGGAAUUCAGGGAUGUCGAGUUUGCAUAUCCAACACGUCCAGAAACAUCAAUUUUCAAAGAUUUUAGCCUUUCCAUUCCAGCUGGCUCUGUUAUGGCUCUGGUUGGCCCAAGUGGUACAGGGAAAUCAACUAUUGUAUCCCUUCUACUGAGGCUGUACGAUCCUAUCUCAGGUACUAUCACUGUUGAUGGCUUUGAUAUCCGUCAGUUAAAUCCACUGUGGUUCAGGACAAAGAUUGGAACAGUGAGUCAGGCAAACACAGUUCCACUAGGAAAGCAUGAAAGUACAGUAGUUUUGGUGCUUGCUGUUGUAGUGUCCCCUCCCUAG